AUGGUUGCCUUCAAGUACUCUGUCCUGGCCGCGCUGGCUCUGCGCGUCGCCUCCGUCUUCGCCCAGGCCGACACCUCUCCUCUCGAUGAUAAUGCCGCCAGCCCUCCCGACGUCGAACUCAAGGCCGACAUCAUUACCACCUUCCCCGACACAGACAUCUUCGGUGUCAAGCUUGUCAACGGUCGUCCCACCAAGGCUGUCGUCGACAUCACCAACAAUGAGAAGGCGCCCAUCACUGUUGCGUUCAUGGGAGGCCAGCUCUUCCACACCAAGGAGCUCUCCCCCGAGUCCCAGCCCAGCGAUGCCAUCAUCCGCAACCUGAGCACCGUCCGUUACGAUGCGACCAUUGCUCCCGGCGAGAAGCAGUCCCUGCCGUUCUCCUUCGUCCUCGACAUGCACCCUCAGGAGACUCGCCUCCAGAUCGUCGGUGUCGUCACCAACCAGGAGAACCGCAUCUUCCAGGUCGAGGCCUACAACGGCAUUGUCGACAUUGUUGAUGCUCCUGCCAGCAUCUUUGACCCUCAAAUCAUCUUCCUCUACCUCUUCCUGACGGCUGCCUUCGGUGGCGUUUCCUACUUCGUUUACAAGACCUACAUCGAGGCAUUCUUCCCCAAGGCCAAGAAGCCCCGUGCCGCCCCCGUCAAGAAGGAGAAGGCGAUCGAGCGCGAGCCCCUGGUUGGUGACGCCGGUACUGGUGGUGGUUUUGACGAGACCUGGAUCCCCAAGGACCACCUCAACCGCCCCGUCGCCAGACGCGUCAAGAGCAGCGCCAGUGCCAGCGCCAAGAAGCGGGCCGACUAG